CUAACACAUAUAUAGAGGAGCAAGUUCACGAACUUGGUUCCGUUCCACUACAGGCCUCAGAAUACGAUGAGUUACAAAACUAUUUUCCUCUUCUUUGUUGUUUUCUUGGAGGGAGUCUGGUGUCAUCCGGCAACCCCAGUGUCAGACUCAUACGGCGCCCAGUUCUCCGGGCAGUUCAGCCAGGACCUAGCCUCUAUCAUCAACAACAUUCACAACGGCGUCGCCAAGGUGACAACCCCCGCCUUUAAGUUCGGCAUCGACACCGUUCCCUCACUAGUGGCUACUGGUAUCAAGUCAGCAGCGGGGCGGGUGAGUAAGAUGGCGGACGCUGGGCCGGAGGUGAUCGGUAAGUUGGCUACAGGAGUGGGCCACGCCGUGGGGGGCGCUGCGACCGCAGGCUCUGCCCUGGCUGGAGGCGCUCUCCAGAUAGCGGGCAGUGGUCUAGGGGCAGUGAAUGGUGUGGUGGGCUCUGCCGCGCAGGCCGGGGUGGACAUCAUCGGGCGUCUGGGUGGCUCCACUGCAGGCAGCACCAACCUCGUCGGUAACCUUGGAAACGCACUCUUCACUGCUGCCGGUGACGCUGCAGGGUCUGGGGUCGGUCUUCUCUCCGGUAAUAUGGGACAACUCGCUAGCUCCAUCGGUGGAAGAAUCGCCCAAGGAAUAACCAAUGCUGAACAGGCUGCCGCUAACUUCUUGAGUAACUCCGGCUUGAAGAAUUUGGAAAAUUGGGUCCUCACACUUUCUCAGCAAGGGCAAGCCAACUUAUACAACUUGCUAAAGUCGUUCUUGGAAACCAUUGUCAACAUACAACAACGUUUCGAAAACAUGAUUAAGUCCAUCACCAUCUCCGCAGGCGGAUCCUCUUCUUCUUCUACCACUUCAAGUUAAAUCGUUAAAAAUUAGUUCUAGUUUAUUUUUAAACUCCUUAUAUUUUAUUAAAUGAUUUUAGAGAUUAUUUAGUCUUUCUCUAAUUUGAAAAUUAUUUUUAUUUUUUAGUUUGAGCAUGAAAUAAUAAAACAUCACCUUUU